UUAUUAUUAAUAAUAAUUAAUAAGAUGUGGGCCCUGUGUAAUAACUGGCUGCCUGGCUGGGUGGGGUGUGGCCUCCGUUGAAGGUGACCCUGCAGGCUGGCGAUGGGGCUCCGCGGGAAGGCCCUGCUCUCCGGUGUUUCCCUGGCGGUUGGGGCCGCCCUGGGAGCUGCUGUGGCCGGCUGGCGGCUGAGGGGAGAUCCCGGCUCCGUGUGGGUGCAGGCCGCGGCCGAGCUGUCCGUACCCCCCGCCGCCGGGGUGACACGGUUCGGCCUGCCGGGGUUCGCUCAGCUGAAGAGCCGGGAGUCCCACGUGCUGAGCUAUGACCCCCGGCUGCGGGGCCCGGCCUGGGUGCUGGAGCAGCUCAAUGCGGAGCGGGUACAGGGCACCGCCACCCGGCAGAGCUGUGACUUCCGGGAGGACGAGUCCGUCCAUCACUACCACCGGGCCGGCAACAGCGACUACCUGGGCAGCGGCUUCGACCGGGGACACCUGGCGGCGGCAGCCAACCACCGCUGGAGCCAGAAAGCCAUGGACGACACCUUCCUGCUCAGCAACGUGUGCCCGCAGGUCAGGGCUCAGCCGCUGCAGCGCCUCUUGUGGGGGAGGGGGGGGGAAGCUGCAAGGGGGCACCUUGGGCUUGGGGGCUACAAAGGGCACAUAUAUGAGCUUAGGGGAGCUGCAAGGGGCACCUUAGGCUUAGGGGGGAGCUGCAAGGGGCACCUUGGAAAGCAGGGGUGAAAGCUGCAAGAGGGGGGCACCUUGGGCAGGGGGCACAGGGGGGCACCCACUUGGAGGCAGGGGGAGGCACAAGGGGCACAGGCAGGGGGCACUGCAAGGCACUGGAAGCAGGGGAGCUGCAAGAGGCACCUUAGGCAGAGGCACAGGGGGGCACACCUUGGGCUUAGGGGAGAGGUAGCUGCAAAAAGGGGAGCACCUUAUGGAGGCACAGAGAGCUGCAAAGAGGCACACUUAGAGCAGAGAGAGCUGCAAAGAGAGCACCUUGUAGGCUUAGAGAGGCUUCUAAAGAGGCACACUUGGGAAGCACUUGAGGAGAGAGCUACAGAGGCACUAUAGGCAGGGGAGAGCUGCAAGAGGGGCACCACUAGGAAAACUGAGAGAGCGCUACAAAGGGGGGCACAGCAGGCUUGAGGGGGUAGAGAGCUGCAAAGAGGCACCUUGAGCUUGAGAGGUAGAGGGAGCUGCAAAGAGGGGGCACCUUAGGCUUUACAGGGGAGAGAGAGCUGCAAGGGGCACCUUGGAAGGCUUUACAGGAGAGCUGCAAGAGGCACCUUAUAGGCUUAGAGAGCUACAAAGGGGCACACUUAGGCUUUAGAGAGCACAAAGAGGCACGGAAGCUUUAGAGAGAGCUGCAAAGGGAGCACCUUGGAAGCAGAAGGGAGAGAGAGGGAGAGCUGCAAGGGGGCACCUUGGAGGGGGGGGGGAGCUGCAAGGGGGCACCUUGGGGGCUAGCUGGGUGGGCUAAGAGGCUUACUCCUGCAUUCUGUUAUAUGCUAUACAUCAUGGGAAAUGCAGUCAUUGUUUGGUAGUAAAUGGACAUUGGAAUAAAGUUGUUAUGGUGCAAGGAGGUCUAGGGCACUGGCUUUCUUUAAGGCUUUAAAGUGACACUAUAGGCACCCAGACCACUUCAGCUCAAUGAAGUGGUCUGGGUGCCAGGCCCCAGGUUUUAACCCUGCCCGCUGUAAACAUAGCAGUUUCAGAGAAACUGCUAUGUUUAUGUUAGGGUUAAUCCAGCCUCUAGUGGCUGUCUCACUGACAGCCGCCAGAGGCGCUUCCACGAUUCUCAGGGUGAAAAUCACACUGAGAUGACGCUGGACGUCAGCAUUGCGUAAUGCUUUCCUAUGAGCGAUUUGAAUACGCGCGUGGCUCUUGCCGUGCAUGUGCAUUCGGAGCUGACGUCAGCAGGGGGAGGGGAGGUCAUCAGCCGAGUGAAGACUGGCGCUGGAUUAAGGUAAGUGGCUGAAGGGAGGCCCUGAGGGAUUGGGGGUUCUAAUAACCCUAUAGUGCCAGGAAAAUUAGUUUGUUUGCUCUUGCCGCGCGUGCGCAUUCAGCCGACGGGGGGGAGAGGAGGAGGAGAGCUCCCCACCCAGCGCUGGAAAAAGGUAAGUUGUUUUUUUUUUUUUCUUCCAGAGCCGGGCGGGUGGGGGCACCCUCAGGGCACUAUAGUGCCAGGAAAACGAGUAUGUUUUCCUGGCACUAUAGUGGUCCUUUAAUCAGUUUUUCAUGAAGAUUCUAUCUUUAUGAAAUACUGAAAGUGACAGAUCCCCUUUAAUGAAGCAGUUUUGGUCUAUAGAUCAUAACCCUGCAGUCUCACUGCUCAAUUCUCUGACAUCUAGGAGUUAAAUCACUUUGUUUAUGCAGCCCUAGUCACACCUCCCCUGGCUGUGACUUACAGCCAACAUUAAAAAAUUGUUUCAUUUUCAAUCCGUACAGUGUGUUUACUUUAGAAGUUUUUACCUCUUGUUUGUUAAUUAGUCCGAUUUGGGGGACUGCCCAAAACCCAGACAGUGACCCUGAAGCCAGUCCUGCCAAUCGAAGUCAUGUGAUCAUUAUGACUGCACAAUCACAUGACUUGGAUCGGCAUGAUUGACAGAUUGGCUGCAGAUCCAUGAACAUAUAAUUAAUAAAAUCACUUAAUUAUGUUAAAAUAAUACAUGGUACCUGGAGUGUUCCUUUAAAAUGAAAUAUGUACCUCAAAACAAAAGGUUCCUUUGCUGGGGGCUAGUGGAUUUUUUUUUUUUUAACUGCAUACCAAUGCAAAACUCAGUAGAUAAGCUAUAAUUUCGUGUGUGUGUGUGUGUGUGUGUGUGUGUAUUUUUUUUUUCUGCCAUCUGUUGCACACUGGCAUUUUUGGACUUUUAAAUACUGUGCUUUUGGAACAUUAACACAUCAUUCUUACAGAAUCCUCAUUUGAACCGAAUCACCUGGAAUAAACUGGAAAAAUAUUGCCGAGGGUUAACCAAGAGUAAUAAAAAUGUGUAUGUGUGCACUGGACCCCUCUUUCUGCCCAGGUAAAUAUUUAUAUGCUGUCAUUGCUUGUUAAAGGCACACAUGUUAUGUAGGUACCACCCUGUUGCAGUGACACUAAGGCCCAAAAAAACUUUAGCUUAAUGAAGCGCUUUUGGUGUAUAGAUCAUGCUCCUGCAACUUCACUGCUCAAUUCUUGGCCAUUUAGGAGGUAAAUCACGGUGACAACCCCACUGGAGGGUCCCGUAAUGAUAUUUACUUAAAGGAGCACUAUAGGGUCAGGAACACAAACAUGUAUUCCUGACCCUAUAGGGCAGGGGUCCACAAACUCUGGCCCCCCCCCCAGAUGUUGCUGAACUACAACUCCCAUGAUUCUUUGGCUAUCUAUGUAAUUCAAAGAAUCAUGGGAGUUGUAGUUCAGCAACAUCUGGGGGGCCGGAGUUUGAGAGCCCAUGCUAUAGGGUUAAAACCACCAUCUAGCCACCCUGGUACCCUCAUGCCUCCCUAAAUAUAGAAAUCUUACUUGUUUUCAAGUCUGGAGCUGCUUGCAUUGUCACGGUUUCCUAUAGACCUGCCCACUGCCAUCAGCAGAAGUGGUAGCCUGAUCCAAUUACAAUGCUUCCCCAUAGGAUUGUCUGAGACUGACAGAGGCAGAGCAAGCAUGAUUCAAACACAGCCCUGGCCAAUCAGCAUCUACUCAUAGAGAUGAGGAAAUUAGGAAGGUUCAGUGUCUGCAUGCAGAGUGAGGAGACACUGAAUGUUUGGAUGCAUUUUAGGCAGCCAUGACCCAGGAAGGAUCUCUAACAGCUAUCUAAGGAGUGGUCAGUCAAGUUAUCACUAGGCUGUAAUGUAAACACUGCAUUUUCUCUGAAAAGACUGUGUUUACAGCAAAAAGCCUGAAGGUAAUGAUUCUACUCACCAGAACAAAUUCAAUAAGCUGUAGUUGUUCUGGUGACUAUAGUCUCCCUUUAACUGAGCCUUUUCCUCACAGGUGCCUUCAUCUCCCUGACUAUUUUCUUCAGCUGCCAGCGACGUCAGCAAUAUUAUUUCCCUACAAACGUUUGUCUCAGUAUAUCUUUUGUCUGUUUGAAUUGCAGUGAAAGUCCUAUACAGUCAGUAUUUCAUAAUUAUUUCAUACAGGGAUGACAGACCCAGUUUAAACAGACUGUGUAAUGCAAAUAUUUAUCUUUAAUAUUUGUUUAAAUAUUGUAGAUGUUUUGAUAGUCUAGUGACAUAUGGCCCCAGGCAAUGCUAGGAUUAGACAGGUACUUAAUUCCAACAGCAAAAUUAAACCUGGUUACAUAAAGAUCUAGACAGUUACAUUGCUGUGUUCCAUAGUUGUUUGACAAGGACUACAAUUGGUACAUUUACCAACUUAACUCUCUCUUCCGGCUCAGGGCUUGUAAAACUCUCUGCCUGAUGGUGGAGUGGGGAAAGAUCUCUUGUUCUUUCUGCCUCUCCACUCCUUGCAGUAUACACAAAAAAAUCCUGCACUCUCGCAAUCAAGCUAGGUGAUCACGAUCCAAGGUUGGCAAAUCCCAACUUAGCAGGUAUGAGGAAAGUCAGCUCCAGGCACUCAGAAUAUUGCAGAAAGCUGAUUUAUUGGAACAGAGGUACAACUGACAAAGGUCUAUGUGCAGGCCAAAGUGUUGCUUCUUUUUUCCAAUAAAAAAAACUGGAGGAAUGGCACACCAUCACCACUUCAAUAGUCUGUAUCAAAGCAGCCUACAUCAUUAUGCAAACAAAACUUAAAGAAACACUAUAGUAUUAAAAGUACAAACAUGUAUUCCUGACACUAUAGCCCUAGAGUGCAGCACCUCUAGUUGCCGUCUGAGUGACAGCCACUAGAGGUGUUUCUAAGCAGCAAUGUAAACACUGCCGUUUCUCAGAAAAGGCAGCGUUUACAUAGAAAUGCAUAGAAAAGCCUGCAUGGACAGGCUAUAGACACCAGACCCACUAUAGCGUUCCUGUAAAUAUAAUCAAGAUUUAGAUCUAAAUAUGUCCUUUUUAAAGUAUAUACUCUAAAUGUUCUUACAUAAUUCUAACGCUGUAUAAACAUGUAUGGUGUCUUCUCAGGAUGGAGCCAGAUGGGAAGAUGUACGUGAAGUACCAAGUCAUUGGUAAAAACAAUGUGGCUGUCCCCACACAUUUCUUUAAAGUUGUGGUUUUGGAGAAGUUCAGCGGAGAACUGGAGCUUCGACCCUACAUAAUGCCAAAUUCUCCGGUUGAUGAAAAUACCCCAUUGGAGCGCUUUCUGGUGCCUAUAGAGCGCAUUGAACGGGCUGCGGGCCUGCUCUUUGUCCCCAAUCUCAUGAAAAGUACUAACAAGUUACAGGCUAUUACAGCUGGUGGUAAAUGAAGACUCCUGUUAGAAUUCUCUUAUAUGAAAAAGCUGCUAUUUCUAUCCUAAUAUAACACUUGAAUGAACAGACAGUAAUAUAUUUUGUAGGAUUCACCCUAUGAAAAAGUGACGUAUACGAAUGUAAUAAAAUCAUUAUUUUAUUAUGUGUGUAGUACACUGUAUAUCCUGGGCAUACACAAGUCUUUGUAAUUAUUAUAAUCACAUAAAAAUGGGAUAGAGUACAUGCCUGAAUGAGUGGUGGUUUCUGCAGCUCUAUCCUUAAACUUUAGAAUUUUUCAAUUUUUUUGUUAAUUCAUAAUUCAAUCCGUUUCUGAAGUACAAGAACUCUCUGAUGUUACCAUUCCGGUAGGAGACUGAAGAAACCGUUUUUCUUGGUUUAUCAACUCCCUUUAAGCCAUAUUACAAGUGGAUUCCCACAAGUUUGAAUUGUGACCUUGCCCGACUGACCAAUCUAUCCCCUUAUUAUGCAGGCAAGCGGUUUGUUUUUCUCAAAACAACGCUGAGCUGAAAGUCUUCAUUUAUAUCCAGGACUGGGAAAAUGGCAAUUGAUUCGAAGUAUGCACCAGUGUAGGUUUUUAUUUGUGAAUUUGUUGGGGCUUUGUUAAUGACACAAUAUAACCAGUGAAUGAGGAGCAAGAUGUCUUGUGCCUGGUGUGAUCUAGUUCAAGACCUCAUUGUCGGAGCAAGUUAACACAGAGUCCACAGACCGGUAGAAUAGACAGUCUCAGCUUCCUUCAGGACUAUGGGACGCAGCUUCUAUCUUGGGCCUCAGUGCAGACAAAGAUAUUAAAAUAGCCUCCUACAAGUAAAGCAAGAAGCCACAAACAGUUAAGUGUUUCAAAAUAAGCAUUAAAAUAAAAUCAGUAUUUCAAAACUGUUGGCAACAGUAUAGUAAAUGUCCCUUUUUUGGCACCCGUCACCCUCCCCAGUUUAUUCAUAAACCACAUGAUCUGUGUGUAGUGAUUGCCUAAUAUCUUUCUACCAUUGCAGUUUUUAGGAUUAUUGGGUUUAGACAGAACCACGUGAUGCCAUAUUAAAG